UCUAUUUUGUUUUUCAGAGUAGGACCAGAUUAUGAGCAGCAGUCCUUUAAAUUAAUUUAUCAUCAUGAUGGCUAAUGAGGGCUGUCCCAAAGCUGGUGAUAGUCCUUUUUCAUCAAAUAACCAUGCCCAACUCAUCUUGGCCCAGAUCAAUAAAAUGAGGAAUGGACAGCAUUUCUGUGAUGUGCAGCUACAGGUUGGGAAGGAAACUUUUAAAGUUCAUCGGCUGGUUCUGGCUGCCAGUAGUCCUUACUUUGCAGCUUUGUUCACUGGAGGAAUGAAAGAGUCCUCAAAAGAUGUCAUACAGAUUCUAGGAAUUGAAGCUGGAAUAUUUCGAAUACUUCUAGAUUUCAUUUACACAGGCAUAGUGAACAUAAGUGUGAAUAAUGUCCAGGAGUUGAUUGUUGCUGCAGACAUGCUACAAUUGACUGAAGUUGUUAAUAUUUGUUGUGAAUUUCUGAAAGGACAAAUUGAUCCACUGAACUGCAUUGGGAUCUUUCAGUUCUCUGAGCAAAUUGCCUGCCAUGACCUUUUGGAAUUCACAGAAAACUACAUUCACGUCCAUUUCUUGGAGGUUCAGAGUGGGGAAGAGUUCCUGGCACUUACAAAAGAUCAGUUGAUCAAAAUUUUGCGAAGUGAAGAGCUUAGCAUUGAGGAUGAAUACCAGGUCUUCUUAGCUGCAAUGCAAUGGAUUCUCAAAGAUCUGGGAAAAAGAAAAAAAUAUGUGGUGGAAGUGCUAGACCCAAUUCGAUUUCCUUUAUUACCUCCUCAGAGGCUUUUAAAGUAUAUAGAAGGAGUAUCUGAUUUUAAUCUUCGUGUUGCAUUGCAAACACUUUUGAAAGAGUACUGUGAGGUAUGCAAAUCUCCCAAAGAGAACAAGUUUUGUAGUUUUCUGCAGACAUCUAAGGUUCGACCUCGGAAGAAAGCAAGAAAGUACCUGUAUGCAGUAGGUGGAUAUACUCGGUUGCAGGGGGGUCGUUGGAGUGAUAGCAGAGCACUCAGCUGUGUAGAACGUUUUGACACCUUUAGCCAGUACUGGACCACUGUAUCUUCGCUUCAUCAAGCUCGAUGUGGGCUAGGAGUAGCAGUUCUGGGAGGGAUGGUCUACGCUAUUGGAGGUGAAAAAGAUUCAAUGAUUUUUGACUGCACUGAAUGCUAUGAUCCAGUUACGAAACAGUGGACAACUGUAGCUUCAAUGAAUUACCCACGCUGUGGCUUGGGAGUAUGUGUGUGUUAUGGGGCUAUCUAUGCUCUGGGUGGAUGGGUUGGAGCUGAGAUAGGGAAUACCAUUGAACGAUUUGAUCCUGAUGAAAAUAAAUGGGAAGUAGUUGGCAUCAUGGCUAUGUCACGUUACUACUUUGGCUGUUGUGAAAUGCAAGGUUUAAUUUAUGUGAUUGGUGGCAUCAGCAAUGAAGGAACAGAACUUCGUUCUUUUGAAGUUUAUGAUCCAUUUUCCAAGCGUUGGUCUCCACUUCCUCCAAUGGGAACCAGAAGAGCAUAUCUUGGAGUGGCUGCACUCAAUGACUGCAUCUAUUCUAUUGGAGGGUGGAAUGAGACGCAAGAUGCUCUAAAUACUGUAGAAAAAUAUUGCUUUGAAGAGGAAAAGUGGGUUGAAGUUGCUUCAAUGAAAGUGCCUAGAGCAGGCAUGUGUGUUGUGGCAGUCAAUGGACUUCUGUAUGUUUCUGGAGGUCGAUCUUCCAGCCAUGAUUUCUUGGCAUCAGGAGUUUUACUAGCCCCAAACUUUUCAUUGGCAGCAGAUAUACUGGAGGAGAGAUGUGGGAAAUAUCUAGUUAUUUAUAUAGAGAGGUAAGUUUUGACCUAUUGAUAACAUCAUAAAAAGCUUUUGC